GGAAACUUCAGCUGAUACAAUUUCAGCCAUUUUCCAAUUUUCUACUAUUUGAUACACGUACACAAACCAAAAAUGUAUUUCGUAUUUUUCAAAUAUGUUUUGUUAUAUGAUUUGUUGUUGUUUGUUAAUAGUGAAAUAAGAGUGAAAAGAAAUGAUAUAGAUCUGCCGACAUGUAUCGACAAAUUUGAUAUUCACAGAGAUACAAUAAUUAGGACGCAAGAUUCCCAAAAUAUGGGGGCGAAAUAUUUGACCGAACUCGAUUUGGGAUCGAGAGAAGAAUGUUUACAUCUUUGUUGUGAAACUGACAACUGCGAUGUGUUUGUUUUUGAAGAAAAAAAUGCCGGUAGCUGCUAUUUAUUCCAAUGUGGUCCACCGGAGGAUUUCAAAUGUAAAUUUACUCAUCACGUGAAUUAUUCGAGUGCCAUAUUAUCUAUAAAUAGACAUAUACCCGAUUUAGAAAGUCAAAUAAAGCUAACGAAACAUGAAAAAGACCUCAAUCAAUUGAGGAAACCAGAACUAGAAUCAGAACCUCCUGUACAUAUUCCUGAAAUAAAACCAACGUCUUCAUCAUCAACAACUAUAAUUCCAUCUCUCCGAGAAAUUGUACCAGUUAUUAAAAGCAAUAAACCCCCUGAAGACGUUUUAGACACGAAAUGCUCUAGAUUCCAGUUCGAAUGUCAUUCUUCAAAGGAAUGUAUUGCCAUUUACAACGCUUGCGAUGGUAUCCCUCAAUGUGCUGAUGGUAGCGAUGAAGGUCCAGAAUUGGGAUGUCCUUAUUCAACUGCAACUACGGCAACUCCCGUACCAAUACACGUCAAUAAUGUGGGCAUCAAACCUUUACUUCAAGUCAGAUACGACGCUAAUGUACAACAACCCCAACUUCCCCAAAUUCCGCAACAAAGUCCUUACCUCCGACAACCUCAGAUUCAUCAUGAUCCUCCUGCACUCAUACCGCCCGCAAUUCAACGAACACCUGAAGUAAUGAAUUACAUGCAAUCUAAUGGAAAUCCCCAAUUACAAUUUGAAGCUCCUCUUCAGCCGUACGUGCCCCAAUUACCAGCUGUACAAGGUCAACCUAAUUGGAUAGUACAUCAAACAAAUCAGGUGCCUCCACAGAUUCCUCAGUAUGCUGAUAAAAACAGUCGUAUUUUCAAUCACAAGGAGAGCGGUUUUCAAGUGCCUGAUGGACAAGAGAUCAGGUAUAAUAAAUAUAAGGGAGCUAUGCAGUAUUUGCAUCGCGCCCUCGGAUAUUCGAGCGAUAGUAAUACCGCAGGCCAACCUCCAGCAUCGUAUCCGAAAAUCGGAAAUUACUAUCCGGAAAGCAGUUACAGGCAACCAAUUCAACAAGAAAAUUGGCCAUCAGAUGAUGGAGUUUUCGAACAACAAAGUAAUCAAGAAAACUUCCAAAAUAGAGUUUCAGGACCGAAGCUGGACUUAACUCCAAGUCUAAAGAGAGAACAAACACCAAAUUUAAUUAAAAACAAUGUAAAUCCAAAACACGUUCAAGAACAACUCGCCCACGAUCUAAAGCAUUCGAAAGAUAAUAUGGAGCAAGUAAAAACAAACAAAGUGAAAAUAGCAACUAAAGUCCACCACGAAGAGGAACAGUAUCCGGAUGUUAUAUCUUAUAAAUUGAGUGGAGCUGAUGAUUUGGAAGAUGGAGUACCUCAUUUACAAAAAGGAGCAGUUUUAUCAGUAUCUCUAGGUCUUAUCAUCACCUUCAUAAUGGCUGUUUUAAUUGGAUGUAGACUAAAGGUAGUGCGUAAAAGGAUGAGAAAGGGGGGGAAAGCUUACGCCCACGACGCUGAUUUUUUAGUUAAUGGAAUGUAUUUGUAAAUUUUCAAUUAAUAUCGUCGCCAAAUUAUUCACCAUAUCAAUUUAAUAUAAUUAAUGAAACAGUUAAAUUCAUUAGUAGCUUGAAUUGAUUUUGGUUAAGGAGGGAAAUUAGUUGCAGUAUAAAAAUUGAAAGUACUUGUUACCAUUUUGUGGCGGCGAUCUUGCAUUUAAUUUAAAAUAUUUUAAAUAUACUUAUAUCAAUGUGUAUGACACAUCAGAAAGAUUCGUUAUUUGAGCAUAUUGUUCAGGGAUGUAAAUAGUUGUAUGACACAAUUAGGAAUGUUCGUGCCGAUUUUUUAUUCAUUUAUUUAUGUACUUUGAAAUGUCAAAGAAUGUUUUCUUAUAAUAAAUUGCAUAGCAAAUUU